AUGCGUGCUCAGCCUUCUGACAAGUCGUCUCUCUCUUCUCGCUCCGCUGCGCGUCCGCUCAAUUCAUCAGUUCCAUUUAUCCCCAUAUCUACCCUCACUCCUCGAACGGCAGAUAGUGUCAGUCCUCCAACAUCCCUUUUCACGUCCACUCUCGCAAUGUCCACAUCUUCCCAAACGCUCGGCCUUCGGGGUGAAUACAGCCCAGAACUGCGGAAACGGGACGGAUGGGACAGGCUGUCUCCCACCCUCACUGCUCUGGGAACAAUGAAAGAAGGCAUACUUCGCCGGCGCCGCCGAAAACAGACUUCAGUCGUGACUCUGUGGGCUGCUCGAGGGGCCGACUUUAGCUUCGAGCUUACCUACCAGAACCGAACCCUAUCAACAUUUGAUGUUCUUCAUCAAAUACACACUAUCAAACUCAAUGCGCUUCUGUUAACUCCCAGUCGAUUGAAUAUAACCACGAGACACGAGACUGCGAUGGGAAUCCAAAAGUUUACUGAAGGCAACAAGAAUUCAUUGGGGGUGAUUGUGUAUUUGAUGGAUGCGAGGUCAUCGGGUAAUGAACAGAUCGAGGCAGUGCAAUCUCUCGGUGCAUUGCAACACUGCCUUUCACUGGGCUUUUCAGAACCACCCCCUGUUCUUGUGGUGUCAGAUGCAUCCUACCUCCUGGACUGCAUAGGCGCUUACAUGAAGAGUGCCUCACGGGCAAACCCGGUUUCAGUCAAUGCUCCUGGAGAUAAGUCUUCGGUGCCAAAAGUAUCUACGCCUGUGUCUACGCCUGUAUCUGCAUCGUUUCCACCUGCAUCGUUUCCGCAUCCGAAGUUUCCGCCUUCAAACUUUUCUUCUGCACUCCAGGCCAAAAAGUGA